CUCAUUUAAUACUCAUUUACUCUCUCUAACCCUUUUUCUAAUUCUCUUUCCUAUAUAAACCAACCCAAACACAUCCCCCUUCCAUUGCAUUACCAUCAUUUUCACACAAACAACCUCAAACCCAAAACCCAAAGAAAAUAUCAAAAAUAAUAAUAAAAAUGGACGACGAUACAUUUUAUUAUUCUCAAGACACCGAUCUUGAUUUGAGUUUCACGUCCACCACUACUGACAGAACCUUCGGCUCUUCUAGCGCGCGCAGCAGCCUUGCUCGAAGCAGCUUAACUCUCAGCUUUAACGAGCGAAUCUCCACCACCGCGGGCCCAACACACCACCACCACCAGAACAUCAUCCGCCCUCACAGGCGGGAGGAUCCACACUGGUCUGCUAUCCAUGCCGCCACUAAUCUCUCCCCUGACGGUCGUCUUCACCUCCGCCACCUUAAACUCCUCCGCAUCCUCGGUACGGGGAAUCUCGGCCGUGUUUUCCUUUGCCGUAUUAGAGAUUACCACCAUUCUAGCCCUAAUUCCCAUUUUGCCCUUAAAGUUGUUGAUAAAGAUUCUCUCUCUCCUAAAAAACUCUCCCAUGUACAAACUGAGGCGGAGAUCCUCUCCUUGCUAGACCACCCUUUUCUCCCUACACUCUACGCUCAUGUUGAGGUCUCGCAUUACACGUGUCUUUUGAUUGAUUACUGUUCUGGUGGGGACCUUCAUUCUCUUCUUCGUAAACAGCCGAAUUACCGGCUACCGGCCUCCGCGGUGAAAUUUUACGCCGCUGAGGUUUUGGUGGCGUUGGAAUAUCUCCACUCGUUAGGGGUAGUUUAUCGGGAUCUUAAACCGGAGAAUAUUCUUCUUAAAGAAGAUGGGCAUAUCAUGUUGUCUGAUUUUGAUCUUUGCUUUAAAUCUGACGUGACGGCGAAGAUUGAGAGGUGUGAUCAUGACUCUAAUCAGACGGGUAGAGUUAAAUCAAGGAGGAGGAGAAGAUCAGAUAAGACGACGGGGAGGGAUGAGUUUGUGGCGGAGCCUACCGGAGCAUUCUCCAAGUCCUGCGUUGGAACCCACGAGUAUCUAGCUCCAGAAUUAGUUAGCGGUAACGGUCACGGUAACGGCGUUGAUUGGUGGGGGUUUGGGGUGUUGCUGUAUGAGUUACUAUAUGGGACGACGCCGUUCAAGGGGGUUAACAAGGAGGCGACGCUAAGAAAUAUAGCGUCGUCUAGGGACAUGAAAUUUGGGUAUGUGGAGGAGAGAGAGGUUGAGGAUGAUAAGGAUAUGGUGGCUGCAAAGGAUCUUAUUGAGAAGUUGUUGGUCAAGGACCCACGUAAAAGGAUGGGGGCCAUUAGAGGAGCGGCGGAGAUUAAGAAGCAUCCGUUUUUUUACGGUGUUAAGUGGGCGUUGAUCCGGAGUUACCGGCCGCCGGAAGUGCGUGGUGGGCUCGUUAGGAAGAGUAAGAGUUACAUCACCGGGGUCCACAAGAGGAGGAAGUGGUGGUGGCGGAGUUUGAAUCAAUUGUUGAGGAAAAAUAAAGGGUCUAAAGUUUCACAUAAUAAUAGUAGUAUCAAUUGUGGUAUUGUUAAUAAUAUUAAUUAGUACUAGUAACAUGCAUCAUUAGUAGUCUUAUUUUGUAUUUUUCCACACUCUUUUUUUUCUUGUUUUGUUAGAUUUUAGGAGAAGAGAUUUGUAUAAAGAAACACAAGUGAUACGUUUGAUCAAAUUUGUGGGUUUUGAUAGGUAAAAAACAUUGCGGAGCUGGGCUGGUUAACCUGUGCUAGGUGCUGGUUCAGUUAGGGUCCCUUCUUCUUACCUAUUGAAAAAAAAAGAUAGGUAAAAAAUAUUAUACUUUCGUAUAUGUUCUUGUACAUGAGAACAAUACAGAAAUUUUGAAGAGUAUUUGGAGAAAAAAAAAAAAACACUAAUUUCAUA